AUGAAAGUACCAUUGGGGUUAUGGAAAGUCUCUCGGGGUAAUUUGUGGAGCACCCAGAAAAGGGUUUUGACAAUGUCUAGAUGUUUGAACAGUGAUGCUGGUAAUGAAGCUAAAACUGUGAGAGAAGGACCAGCUUUUUCAGCAGAUCUCUAUAUGCAUCCCGAAAAAUGGAAGGGUUUACCUCCUCAAAGAAUUUUAGAGUUAUAUUGGGAGAGAAUGGCUAGAUUGGGUUCAGAGUAUAAACCUAACAAAGACGAACUGAAUGCCUUAUUAACCACUUCUGAGUACUCAAAUGUACCUGUUAACGAUAUUAAAAAGCUAUAUCACAGAGGAGAACAAGGCGCUAUUGAUAUAAAAGGUGGAAACGUGAAUCGCGAUAACAGUCUUAGACCGUUUAUGUUUGAUGAAUUGCCAUCGCAAGCUCAGGAAUUGGUUGCCCAACAUCGUGAACAAAGGUUCUAUAAUCGAUUAGCCGCAUAUGAGUUACCGCUAUUAGCUCAAUAUCGCCAGGAAUACAAGAGACCAUCUCCAGAAAGUCAUCCGGUCACUUAUAGAUACACUAGUUAUGUUGGCGAAGAGCAUCCCAAUUCGAGGAAGGUUGUAUUAAGCGUUAAAACCAAGGAAUUGGGCCUGGAGGAAAAAUCAUUACAUAAGUUCAGAAUAUUAGCCAGGUCGCGUUAUGAUCAUACUACAGAUAUUUUUAAAAUGUCUAGUGACAAAUUUGAGCAUGCAUCACAAAAUGCACGUUAUUUGCAUGAUAUUCUUCAAAGGCUGUUAGCGGAGUCAAAAGAUUUGACGGAGGACGAUUUUAGCGAUGUUCCCCUUGACACAAGGCAUACUAUAGCUAAGAGUUUACGUAAAAAGAAGCGGGAUUAUGAGUUUCCUGAACACUGGAAACGCCCUGAAGAUGCACCAAAGAAGAAAUUUGAUAUUGUAGAUCAAUUAUUGAGCACUCUUUAA